AUGGAAGACUUAUCUAUCUAUCAUGAUACAAACCUUCUUAUGAACCAAGAGGAUAUGUCGAAGUACCGCCCUGGUGGAUUCCAUCCGGUCUGCCUUGGAGAUAUCUUCAAGGAUGGCCGUUACAAGGUACAUCACAAGCUUGGCUGGGGUGGGUAUUCCACCGUCUGGCUGGCUUUAGACCAAGAGCGCGGAGAAUGGGUUACGAUCAAAAUUAAAACGGCGAACAGUUCGAAGCAAUCUCAAGAACUUCAUAAUUUACUAUCAUUGGCAAGCAUGGCCAAUGGAAAUCUAGGCUCCAAAUACAUCGUCCAGUUACUCGGUCAUUUCUUUCACCAAGGGCCUAAUGGAAACCAUCAGUGCCUGGUGUUUGAGUUACUUGGUCCUACCGUUGAUGCGGUCGUCGGAGAUAUCAAUCUAGGUGGAGACGUUCUCGAACCGGCAACUAUCCUCAGAAUGUCUAAACAACUGCUGCAAGCUAUUCAAUUCAUGCAUGAGGUUGACUACACACAUGGGGAUUUGAGUGGCAGGAAUGUUGCCUUCACGUCUAAUAAUUUAUCAAAGUUGACAGAAGAGGAACUCUUUGAGGCCCUCGGCCCGCCUGAGACGGAAAAAUUGACACGUCGAGAUGGAAAGACUUUAAGUCGAGGCGUACCGUCACAGCUGGUAAAAGCAACAGGCUGGGAUAACUGGAUAGAUGAAGAUGAGGAAGAUAUUCGGGUUUUUGACUUGGGAGAGGCUUUCCCGAAAGGAGCCGAGCCUGACAAGCUCCCUCAACCUUCACAUUUAAGGUCUCCAGAAACGAUUUUCACGGGCUGCUGUAACUACGGACACGAUUUAUGGCGUGCGGGUAUUAUGGUGUGA